AAUACGACACACAAGCUCCAAGCAGAAACACCGCCAAAAGAACACGAAGAAAUACUGAAGACACGCGAGAACAGCACAAGAUUCGAUUCCGCGUACUGAGACCCUUUUUAUUAUUAAUUUCGUAACGUUGCGUUGGUUACCCUUUUUUCUAAGUAUAAACCUAGAUUAGUAUAUUGGCCUUAUUACUUAAAACUUAAAAACGUUCGUAUAAUUAUUUAUACUGCCUGACAUCCAAUAACAUAUUAAUACAUUGUCCUAUGAUCCUAAAUCCUAAUUUUAAUAUCUAUCCAACCCUUUCUAAAUAUCUUGCAACAUUAAUAUACCAAUAUAGGUUAUACUCGAGCCCAAACGACUCAGUAUCUAUCUUAAUAAAGUAAAUCGGAUCGUAUAUAAUAAUGCUUAUCGAAUCACAACACCGAGACACCUAAACACAUCCGUUGACGAAAAGCAAUAUGGUUGAAAGUGAACCUAAUAUUUUAAUGCAGAAUUGGGAGGAUGACUAUUUAAUUGAAACUGCAAUUGAUUCACCUCGAGUUUGGAAUACAUUAUACGAUGAAAUUGAAAUACAAGAAUUAAAAUCUAAUAGAUAUGAUGAAGUACUUAAAAUAAUCGAGGAACAUUAUAUCCAUGAUGAACCAAUAAUUCAAAGUAGCAAAAUGCAUACCGACAAUGGAUCUGUUGAAGAAUACUUAUACUUGGUUCGAACUUGGAUGAAAGACACACUUUCAACUGUUGCUGUUGAGCAGAAAACUGGAAAUUUAGUUGGAUUUAUUAUAUGCAGAUUCAACGAAUUAAAUAACAGAGAUCCCGAAUUCAGCAAAGAUAGGGUUUAUGAAGGUGAGAUACUGAGAGAGCUGCAAAAGUUUAAACAUUAUUUAACUAAAAGAGGUAAUCCAUAUAAACAUAAUAAUGUGGAAAAAAUGUUAGAAGUAUAUUCGUGGUUUGUGCUUCCCGAGUAUAGAAAUAAAGGAAUUGGUACGGAGUUGCUGACAAACGUCGUGAUGAGACAACUUCCCGAGUACGGAUGGUUCGACAUCGACGUGAUCGCCGGCGUGUUCACCGACAAGGUGAGCCAAAACAUUGCCACGUCGUUGGGGAUGGAGACAUUAUACGAUUUCAUAUACUCAGCAUGGACCGUCGCCAACAAGACAACUGGUGAACAAGAUGAGUUCUUCAAACAAAUCGUGCGUGGUAAUUACUCGGCCAAAGUGAUGUCUAUGAAAGUCAGCACGUCGCCGUCGAAUCACAGCUAA